AAGGAAGGAAGGAAGGAAGGAGAGAUGACCCCACUGACCCCAGCUUCAGAGUUCAUCUACCCACCAGGAGGCCAAAACUUCUCUCUCUCUCUCUCUCUCUCUCUCUCUCUCUCUCCCUCUCUCUCUCUCUGCCCCAGAGGAGAUGCCACCUCGUUAGACAGAGCCGCUAAUCAUCUGGCGUCCAGGGCGAUUAUCUGGGAUGGGUCACAUGAUUCCAAUCCCAGCUGACCCCCUCCGCACCCCCCCACCCCUGCUGCUCCGUGGACCGGCUUGGCCAAUCUGACUCAAUCAGAUAUUCCAACUCUGACAAACUAGAGACCUCAGCAAAGCCCCAGAGCAAUCCUGCCCGCGCAGACGGCGGCAGCAGCAGCCGUAGCCGCAGGAGCCCUGGUUUCCUCACCCAGACCUUCUGCUGCUCUCUAGCCCACUAGCCUAGUCCCCUCCCAGAAGGCCCAGAUGUCCUGAGGACACCCCCCUGCCUGCCCUCCCUCCCCCUCCAGAACUCUCCCCUCCUGGCCGCCAGCCCCACUGUUUCAUUUCACUGGAAUUAAGGCUUUCUCCGGCACUCUCUCUUGAAUCCCAGUUGCUCCCUCUUUCCAGAGAAGCUUUUGGGGGUCUUCCUGGCUCCCCCUGCUGUGAAUCGCCUGGCCUCCUGAGGACCCCUGAACCCCACUCCCAAUGAGCUCUGGGCUGGCAGCCCCAUCCCUCCCACCCACCCCAGAGGAACCCCCUCCUCCGGCCCGUGGUACCCGCCUCCCGCGCCCCUUCCUCCGCAGCCUCCGGACGCUCUUCGAGAUCCUGGAUGACCAGCGGAGCGGGACCGUCCACGUCUCGGAAAUCGAGAGCCGCUGGGGCCGCGGGGGCUGCGGGGUGAGCCCCCCGGGGGACAGCGAGAGGUGCCCGCUCCCUGGGGGUGUGCUCCAGGCCUUGCAGCAAGUGGCAGAGCCUUGCGGAGGGUAUUUGAGUUUCCCCCGCCUGGUGGCCGGGCUGAGAAUCGCCCUCCUCCGGGCCGAAGAAGAAGAGGAGAAGGAGGUCGAGAAAGCUGGAGAGUCGGGCGCUGGAGUCGGCGGGCAGGCCGGCGAUGGGCAGAACUCAACUUCGCAGUCGAUGAAGAACUUGAGUCGGAUACGAGAAUCCGAUGGGAAAGGAGUCACGCGGUCGCGUAGCAUCAACAGUUCCCUCUGUCAAGCUGGGAGGCGCCGGAGUAUCCGACUUCCGAAGGAACCGCGAAGACACACCAUUUCCAAUGCCUUGGAAUAUGAUAUGCUGAAACGAAUGCAAGAGCUGGAACGGGAACGGGACGCCUUGCUUCAAGGGCUGGAGAUGGUUGAGCGGGUGCGCGACUGGUUUCAGCGCCACCUCCUGGAGGCCCAGAGGCGUCAGAAGCACAUGGGAACGGAGGCAAGCUAUUUCCCAGACCCUUACUCCAACCAGAGCUGCUUGCUGCUGGCCAAGAUCCAGGAAGUGAACCUGUGCUUGAAAAACCUGCUGGCCUCUCCUGGAAAGCCUGAAGUCCCACCUCCUGGUUUUGGGGGCCCCCUUUAUCCACCGGGAAAGAAGGAGUUUCAGCAGCAAGCUGUCACAGUCCUCAAGGAACAGAACCACCUGCUGAUCAAGGAAGUGUCUGAGAAGAGCGACCGCAUUGCCCAGCUGGAACAAGAGAAAGCAGCUCUUUGCAAGCAGCUGAAAGAGACCCGCGGCUACAGACUACCCAGCCACAAGGAGUCCACCUUUAUCUGACAGCCAAGGCCACACUCUGUCGGCGGUCAGCGGCACGGCGAUGUCCCUUUGUCCCCUCUGUGCCCGUGACAUCACUUCCUUUGACUGGCCAUCUUUCAGACAGACCUUUCUUGUGAAGGAGGCGUCGCAAACGUUUUCUCCUUUAUGCCAUUUUGGCCUGCUCCUGCAGGAGGCGCUAGAGGAACACUAGACCUCUAGUCAUCCGGCCCAAUCCGAGGGCAUGCAGAAGGUCACAGGUUCGAUCCCCGGUGUCGCCAAGUAGGGCUGUGAAUGUCGCCCCCUCCCCGCUGUCUGAAACCCUGGAGAGCCACUAGCAGGCAGUGUAGGCCAGGACUGAGUUAGAUGGACCAAUUGUCCGACUCUUGCAUACGUCAACCUCUUUACAUUGCUGUUCAGUGGAGAGCUAGCGGAUGUGGGAUGGUAGCUGUAAUAUGUGCAUAUCCCCUCGGUUUGCAUCAUUUGCUUGGGAGAUAUUUUGAGACAGAGGAUUGCUGUUACUAUGAAAAGCUGGAAACAAAGGGCUAUUGACAUUCAUGGAAAGGAGGAGGUGGGAAGGCAAUUGGCCUGUCAGAGGGAAGGAGCCAUAGAUGUGGAACAUUGAGGGCGAGACUGGAAAGAACAUUUCCUGGCCCAGGGCUGCCAUUCAGAAGUUGGCAGGGUCAGGCAUUGGGCAGGGCCCCGCUCCCGGGUGCCACGAGGCCCCUUGACUUGCUACACUGAGGAGGUGGACUAGGUGAGGGAGGCCACCCACCUACCCCCACCCAUGGAGGGUGGGAGCCAGUGUGGUGUAGUGGUUAAGAGCGGUAGUCUCGUAAUCUGGGGAACCAGGUUCGCUUCCCCGCUCCU